AUGGAUGGCAAGCGACAUCUACCAGCAUGCAGCAGGCUGUUGGUCGAAUCCCCCCGCAUACGUCGACAUGUCCGCAAAGUCACGUUUGAAUCUCAAGACUUUCCGAUCUAUGUCACCAACGAGCACGAAGAACGGCGUAUGAUCGAAUCGACUCUACUUGGACUUCCACGCCUGGACGAACUUCUCUGCACUUCGAUUCCAUUGGAGACACUCUCUUCUAUCCUCCCACGACUCUCCAUUACAACACUCUAUCUUAAAGUGGAUGUAUACUCGCCGCUUACACUCCUACCGGUGAUCCAAGCAAUCGCUAGCACAGUCCGCUCCCUGACAUUGGAGGAGCUUAUUUUUGGUGAUGAACUCACUGUGGAUGAAUUCGCCUCCGUAAUCAAGGGCGGAGCCAUCUGCAUGACUGCACUGGAAGAACUUGCCCUUGUAAUGUGUGCAAAUCUUCCGCUUGUUGCCGGGUUCAUCCAGAUGCCAAACUUGAAAACACUAUACUGUGCAGGCAUGGACGGGGCACUCGGUGACAGUAUACCAUGUUCGCUGCAGACACUUGUCAUAGCGGAAACAGAAGUUUCCGACGACUUCAAGCCACUUAGUGUCGAAAAUCUUUGUAUCCGCUGGUGGCAUGGGCAUGGGCACCACACCCUCUCAGAAGCUAUCGAACAUUCAAUCGCCACAUUUACCGUCCCGUCUAAAAUCAGAGAAAUAGAGAUUCUACUUUCUCCUAGCACCAGGCACCGCAAAGACGCGUUCGACGAGCUGGACACACUUGAAACACAUCUUCUUGACCUACGCCGGAGCGGCUCCUUUGAACGGCUUACAAUUACGACUGAAGGCAACAUUAUGGAGUCUAGCUGGGUCCUCGAUAAGAUGCCAAACCUAGAUAGCCUUGGCCUACUUGAUGUACGGUUAGGUUCUUCAGUGCUGUAUCCCCGUUGUAUCGAUCUUGCUUUGGGCUGGGAGUAA